AGACGAUCAAACUCAGGAGAGAAAACGAAGCGUUUACCUCGAAACAGCAGAAACGAUCUACAACAACAACAACAACAAUGGCGUUACAAAAGUGGUACCGUUCGCGCCCCCCGGCCCGGGGGAUCCCACCUUCCAGAUGUUCCAGAACAAAGCCAGAUCCAGCUCCAACAGCGUGGUCUUCGACAGCAUGAGACCCCUGUUGAUGUUCAUGAAGAUCAUCGGCAUAUCGCCCAUAGCCCACGUCGAUUUAUUUUUCCAGGUGACGCUCCAAUGGAUGCUCUACUCAGGAGCCAUCUUCCUCUUCAUGAUGGGCUACAUUGGUUACAUACAAUGGGACAAGCUGGACAUGGUGAGAUCCUCCGAAGGGAGAUUCGAGGAAGCCGUCAUCGAUUACCUCUUCUCUGUGUAUUUAUUACCCAUCGUUAUAAACCCCAUAGCGUGUGUGGAGGCCAAGAAACUAGCUAGGGUCCUCACGAAUUUCAUGGCGUUCGAAAAAAUCUACCAUAAAAUCACCAGAAAGAAAUUCAUACACUUCCUAGGCAACAAGCCCUUGGUGGUGACCUUCGUACUACCGGUACUAGCUUGUGCUAUGAUGAUUAUAACGCACACUACGAUGGUUCGCUUCAAGUUCCAACACGUACUGCCUUAUUGCUACAUCAACGUGAUCAUCUACCUGGUGGGAGGCAUUUGGUACAUGCUGUGCGAUCUGAUCGGCAACAUAGCUCUAACAGUAGCCGAGGAUUUCCAAGGAGUACUCAAACACGUAGGACCGGCCCAGAAGGUGGCCGAGUACCGAUCGUUGUGGAUGCUGCUCAGCAGGAUAAUCAGAGAUACGGGCAACGCGUUCAGCUUCACCAUGACCUUCCUGUGCCUGUACCUGUUCCUGGUCAUCACGUUGACCAUCUACGGGCUGAUGUCGCAGAUACAAGAGGGCUUCGGUACGAAGGACAUCGGAUUGGCCAUCACGGCCUUCUUCUCGGGCAUUUUGCUGCUGUUGAUCUGCGACGAG